AUGGUAGCCACUGGUGUCACCCCCACCUCCGCUACUUACAAUGCACUCAUCACAGCAUUCGCAGAAGACUCGUCUUCUGAUUCCAGUUUUAUUGGCUAUGCUAAGAAGUAUUUUUUGGAAAUGUUAGAUAAGGGGAUGAAGCCCCAUCCUGGUUGCUAUACAUCUGUGUUUGACGCCAUUGCCUGUCUUAAGGCAAUCAGGUUGUACAGUGAUCUCAUCAACAACACCACCGACAAGGAUUUGCGAAAGGUCUUCUGCAAGUGGCGCAUCCGUGGCCUCAAGAAAGAGGCAUUGAGGAUGUUCCAUGCUUUGGUAGAUGAUGGAGAUGUAGACGAGGUCAAGGAGAUUGUUAGGCCCAUCCUUGAGACAGGCGUAGAAUCCAUGGUUGCAAUAUACACCUCCAUUAUUAAGGCCUACCUCAAUGCUGGAAAGACCAAGGGAGCUCUCGAGGCCUACCGUGGCAUGUUAGCUGCUGGGAUGAUGGACAAAGGGAAGCGGCCCAAUGUUGCUACUUAUACUGCAGUGAUAGAGGCCUUUGCAAGGCAGGAGGACAAGGCAGCUGAGGAGGAGGGCAAAGACUUGGUGUGGGUGAUGAUGAGUAAGGGGUUUGUGCCUAAUGCAAAAGCAAUGAGGGAGGUUCUAAAAGAACGGCCAACAAAUUGGAUAAAGUUGGUGGCUACAGUUCCACAUGCUAGAAGGACCAAUGCAGCUACCUACACUACGGUGAUAGAGGGUUUUGCAAGGCAGGAAGGCAGGGCAGCUGAGGAUGAGGGCAAAGAGUUUGUGGAGGUGAUGAUGGGUAAGGGGUUAAUUGUGCCUAAUGCAAAGGCAAUGAGGGAGGUUUUAAAGGGGAAACCAACAUCUGUUAUUCGGAGGGUCAUGAAUAUUGUCCUUUCCAAGUUGAAAGGCUGA